AUUUGCACAAACUUUUCAGUUUCUAAAGUUAAUUUUCAUCGUGCACAGAUUCAAAACAGAACGAUGUUGAAGAUUUUAGUUUUUUUGAUUAUAGUGUGUUGCAGUUUUGUUGUAGAAGGGAAGUUUUUGAAGAAAAUUGAACGUGUUGAGGGUAGUGUAAAUGCCUAUGCCUAUACAGAAAAUGAUAAUGACGCCAUUCUUCACUCCUCAAUUUUGUGUGAAUUAUACUACAACAAUACUUAUUCUAAACUUGGGUGGGAUGUCAUGCAAGUCCAAACCAACCCUACAAUCCAGUCUGAUACAGAUCAAGCGAGGUGUGCUGGAGAGUUGGAGGGCUUAGUGUUGUACGAAGCCAUCUACAUUCACUACUAUAACAAUAUCAAGCAGUGGUGCAAGGGUCGGCAACAAUUGUGUGACAAGGUUUAUGCCUUUCUGGACGAGCAUCUCGCUUGGGUCAAUCAGACAAUCAUCGAUAAGGACGGAUGGGAUCCUGAAUGGCAUCAUGUCAACGUUUUCUUGAAUCAUAUGAUUGGUCUUCAGUUGGGGUACAUGGAGAGCCAGACUGAUCCGAAGAAAGCUCUUACUUUAACCGAUUUCAUAGUGAUGAAUUUGCAAGUGGACUUGGAUGACGUGGCUGCUGCUCUUGAGGGUGAUAUCAGUGCUAAAAUUAGGGGAGAUACUCGCUGCUCUGCCAUCAUCAAGAUGCUUCCUAACAACGAGGAUCUUCUUAUCGGACACAACACUUGGACGAGUUACAACCAAAUGUACCGAGUGUUGAAAUGGUACGAUAUGCCACUUCACACCAGUGCCCGUUCAAAAAUGUUAGUGCCUGGGAAGACAAUUAGCUUUUCUGGCUAUCCCGGUGUUAUUACAUCAAUGGACGACUUCUAUCUUGUCAGUUCUGGUCUCAUCGCCAUGGAAACAACUAUCGGUAACAGCAACGCCAGUCUUUGGCAGUUUGUCAAGCCCACUGGUCAGAUUUUUGAGAGCGUGAGAUCAUUGAUGGCUCUUCGUUUGGCCAACAAUGGUCGUAGUUGGUGUGAGACCUUCACAGGAUACAACAGUGGCACAUACAACAACCAGUGGAUGAUCAUAGAUCUCCACAAGUUCACCACAGGAAAACCACAAGAAGGACUACUGUGGGUGUUGGAGCAGAUUCCUGGGUAUAUAAGGUUCCAGGAUCAAACAGCCCUUCUGCUGCAACAGACCUACUGGCCUAGCUACAAUGUAGCUUUCUACCCGGAUGUCUUCAACAUGUCAGGAAACCAGGAGCUUGUGGAUCAAUAUGGCGAUUGGUUUUCAUACAAUGAUACGGCACGAGCUCUCAUCUUCAGGCGUGAUCAUUCAACGGUAAAAGAUUUGGACUCAUUGAUGAAACUACUCAGGUCCAAUGACUACAAACAUGACCCUUACGGUCAGUGCAACUGUACACCCCCUUAUAGUGCAGAGAACGCUUUGGCUGCAAGAAGUGACCUUAACCCGAAGAAUGGGAAAUACCCUUUCCCAGCAUUGGGCCACCGCCCACACGGAGCCAUAGAUGCCAAGGUUGUGUCUCCUGAUUUGGCGCGGAACAUGUCAUUUGUGGCUGUCUGUGGACCUACUACCGGGACCAACCUGCCUCCUUUCAAGUGGAGCAAGAGCGGAUUCAAGCACUUACCCCACAAAGGCCAACCGAACACCUUCACGCAUUUCCAGCCUAUGUUGACUCCUUGGAUUGGACCUCUGUUUUAAUUCAUCUCAGAAUGUUGUACAUGUAGACAGAUAUUUUGGUUGAAAUAAAUAAAACAUAAUUGUAUGCCAUUA